AGGACAAUUCCAGGAAUUUUCCUAUUUAGAAGGUUGAUUUUAACAAAAUAAAUGUAUUCAUAGCUCUAAUAAAUUAUUUACCAAUAUCGCAAAUGAAACUGUAACCAUGAAUCAGGACAAGGUGGCUCUCUUGUCCAACCAAGAAGAUGAAAGACUAAGAAAUAGAGAUAAGAGCAGAUUCGGAGUUACAUUUAUACUAUGUUCUAUGCCCCUCAUAGAUGCCUUGUUUUUGAUAUUCUGUUUUACAAGGAAAAGAUUCGGGAAUUUUUUCACUUUCGUAAACACAGUUUUCCUGGUUUAUGUCGGCAUACUAAUCGCAACCACGAUUUUAGGUUAUUAUGGGAUUUACAAGAAAAACUACCUCGCUCUCAGGUCCUCAAUUAGUAUGUUCACAGCUCAGAAUCUGAUUAUCUUGGCAAUUUGUGGAAUAUUUUUAAUACUGUUUGUGACUCGACCGGGACUUUUGAGUGAUCAUCAUGCCAACCCUGUUCUGAUAUACUUCGAAAAGCAUCGCAUCUUGGGGGUACUUUUUAUCGUGUUCAUCAUCCUCUUGAGAAUUGCAAACUUGCUCCUGACUUGGUAUUCUGGCGAACUUGAGUCUUCAUUUGAGGUUCUAAACCGUUUAAAAUACGUUAAAGAUGGUCUGGAUUCAUAUUCGAAUAAUGAUCAAUUCCCUAUAGAUAUCAAGGACGAAUUUGGGCAUAUUUAACUUUACCUAUGAUUAAAGUGUAAGUUAGAUAAUAUUAUAUUAAUUUAAUAUGUUUAAAAUAA